GCCUGCUUACGACCCUCAUGAUCUUUACGACUCUCCUAAGUUUCUGCUUGUUUAUUUGCACUUUGGCGGACUACUACCCUCUGCGCGAAUACUCUGGCGGCAGCUUCUUCAAUGGCUGGGAUUUCUACGACAAUGUUGACAAUACCACCUGGGGCAACGUUCGCUACGUCGACCAGACGACGGCGAUUGAACAAGGCCUGGCUUAUGUGACCGACAAAGGCAACGCUGUCAUCAGGGUCGAUGACGAAACCUACAUCCCAGGCGGAUGGGACUUCACGAACCGUCAGUCUGUUCGCAUCACAACGACCGACACGUAUCCUCUGACUGGCCUUGUCAUCAUCGACCUGGUUCAUAUGCCAUAUGGUUGCUCGGUAUGGCCCAGCUUCUGGAGCUUUGGUCCCUCUGCAGGCGAAUGGCCCGCUGGCGGUGAAAUCGACAUUAUUGAGGGCGUCAAUCUCGUCGGCCAUAAUCAGAUGGCGCUGCACUCGACGGAGGGCUGCUUUCAAGCCAACAACAGCGGUGGGACUGGCCAGACACUUGAGCGCGACUGCUCGACGCCAACGGGGUGCGCUGUUCGCGAGAACAAGAACGAUAGCUACGGGCAGGCCUUCAACGAAGCUGGAGGCGGUGUCUUCGCACUGCAGAUGGCGCAGUCCGGCUUCUACAUCUGGUUCUGGGGUCGCGACGAUAUCCCCGACUCAAUCAGUAGCGCAAAUUCGCAGUCGACUAUGGACACUACCAAGGAUUGGGGUACGCCGAGCGCAUCUUACCCUGCUUCAGGCUGUAAUGAUACCCUGUGGAAAUACUUUGCACCGCAGCAGCUCGUGCUGGACAUAACGCUCUGCGGUAAUUGGGCCGGCCUUCCCACAGUCUAUGGCGCAACCUGCGUGAAUCAGUACGCAUGCCUGACCGACAAUGUCGUCGGAGACGGCUCGAACUACGCGGAGGCUUACUUCGAGAUCCGAUGGAUCCGAACUUACACGGGGGACAAGGCACUGGUCCCUUCCUUCACGCCGUCGCCUACUUUCUCGCUUUCGGUUUCGACGUCGUCAUCGAGGUCUAGCGCGAGCGCUACCUCGUCGUCAAAUGAUUCAGAGAGUGUUCUUCCAACACCUUGGUUGUCUAUGAUCUUGUAUUGUUUGCUCGGUGCUGUGCUUACUUUAUGCUGUAUUUCGCUGUGACCAUGCUGACCACUUCGCGCUGUGAACACUAGAGACGCUGUUCGACCUGUAGCUAUCUUCCCUGCCUGGCACUAUAUCCUAUACCUAUGGUGAUCAAUGGACCUGGACUGCCUGCGGUACUGUAGUCCUGGAACACUUGGAGCUUCGAACCGACCUGGAAGGCAAACGAAA